AUGCCAGAUCUGCAACGCUUUAGUUUUCCAUAUCGUAGCAUGAAUCCUUUGUUGGGGGCAACCGUGCUUGUCCAACAACAUCAUCAACAGCAUACUGAAGGCGGACCCAGUCAUCCAGAUUCUCCGUCAGGUAUCCUGCCCGAGGCUGCUUUUGGAGUCCCCGAUCCAGCCCUAAUUCUCGGUGAGACAACCGGACUGGCUCCAGAGAGCAUACCUAGUCUGGGAGUUGACUUAGCAGCAUCUCAGCAAACUGGGCUGUCUUACCUGCAUCUGAACAGUCCGCUGCAUCGCGCUGUGCCAACACCUCCUGCGGCGAUGGCCCUUCGCAACGACCUCGGCUCAAACAUCAGCGUCCUAAAGACUCUUAAUCUGCGGUUCAGGUGUUUUUUAGCCAAAGUUCAUGAGCUGGAGAGACGGAAUAAGAUUUUGGAGAAGCAGCUGCAGCAAGCGUUGGAAAGUACGAGUGGUGGAGGUGAUGAUGGCCGACGGGAGGAUACCAAAGAGAUGGGAGUACAGACGGGUUUUAUUGGGCCUAUACCAGUACGACCGGGCUCUUUCCCAUUCCAGAACACAAACAACUCUGCCAAACGACCCACUACCUUAUUUACGCCAGCCCUCACCACCGUGCUCAAACUUGAACCGAAUAAAUUCGAGGAGACCUCCGCUUCCGAUUCGAAUUCUAAUGCGAAUCCGACUAUAACGGUCAGUUUGUCCACACCGACCGAAGCCGCUUCGGCCAAUACCAACAACUCGAAUAACGCCCCGAAUACCGGCAGCCUCGGCAUUAGCACGGGAACUUCAACGAAUCCGCCUCCCAGAUUUCUCCCCGGUACCAUCUGGUCGUACAACCACACCCGUAAACUGGGCCCCGGUUCGGAGACCCGAGUGACUAGCCCGGGAGUGUCUUGGGUUCACCCGGAUGGAGUGGGGGUCCAGAUAGACACCAUCACCCCUGAAAUCAGAGCCCUGUACAACGUCCUGGCUAAAGUCAAGCGGGAGAGAGACGAGUACAAACGCAGAUGGGAGGAAGAAUACACCAUGAGACUGGACCUACAGCACAGAGUGACGGACUUACAGGAGGAGUUGCAGGAGAGUGAGGUGUGUCAGGAUGAGCUGGCCCUGAAAGUGCAGGAGUUGAAGUCUGACCUCGUCCUCUACAAAGGCCUGAUGAGUAACAACCUGUCGGAGCUGGACAGUAAGAUCCAGGAGAAGGCCAUGAAGGUGGACAUGGACAUCUGCCGCAGGAUCGACAUCACGGCCAGGCUCUGUGACGUGGCCCAGCAGAGGAACUGCGAGGACAUGAUUCAGAUCUUCCAGGUGCCCACUACCCAGUCUUCCAUUAACUGUCGCCCACGGAAACAAGCCACUCAACCUGUUAACAUCAAUGAGUCAGAUGAGCCAAUGAGCACCUCUGACAGCGAUGGGGGCGGGACAAAAGAGGAGGAAGUUUGUGGCACCUCGGUGAAUCAGAUAAAUGAAGAAAUGCAGAGAAUGUUAAACCAGCUGCGUGAGUGUGAGUUUGAAGACGACUGCGAUUCUCUGGCCUGGGAGGAGACAGAAGAGACACUGUUACUUUGGGAGGAUUUCCCAGGAUGCACUCUGUCUGCUGACACCAAUCUGGGCGAGCAGGAGGAGUGUUUGGAGAAGGUCUUUAAGGACACGGAGUGUCUGUUUAAGUCCAGAGAGAAGGAGUACCAAGACACUAUCGACCAGAUUGAGUUGGAGUUGGCCACAGCGAAGUCAGACAUGAACAGACACCUGCAUGAGUACAUGGAGAUGUGCAGCAUGAAGAGAGGACUGGACGUCCAGAUGGAGACCUGCAGACGACUCAUCACACAGAGCGGAGACAGUAAAUCCCCCUCUACGCACUCCGGAGGAGGUGCGGAGGAGAACGAUGUGUCAGAGAAGGAGAAACCUGCUGAAAACGGAAGAUAA